AUGUACUGGGGUUCAGCUCUCGUCUGCGAUCUCUACAUAGCCAUGGACGUCGUAUGCUCCACCUCCUCCAUAUUCAACCUCGUAGCCAUCAGUAUAGACAGAUACAUCGCGGUGACCCAGCCUCUCAAGUAUGCUCAUUCCAAGAACAACAAACGCAUCGUGUUCACCAUUGCCAUCAUCUGGACGGUGUCAGCAGCGAUCGGCAUCCCACUAGUGUUUGUCAACCAGUGGGAGGUAUCCAAGAAGAAAGACGUCCUCACUAACGAUUGUGCUUUCCUCAAUGCUGACUUCAUCCUCUACUCGUCAAUAUCAUCUUUCUACAUCCCUUGUAUCGCCAUGAUCUAUCUUUACUGUAGGAUAUUUAAGGCGCUGAAAGAACGAGCAAGAAAGAAGAAACCCAAAGUGAGUGAAAUUAAAGCAGGCAGCGUCAUAGAAAACGUAGCCCAGACGAGAAUGUUGGCGGAGACUACACUAGGUUCUGAGGUCAACUUGCCACCUGCUAAGUCGACACUAAUUGAAGAAGAUAAGAAUACUAAUAAUACCAGCAAUAGUCAGGACGAAGAGGACGAGGAUGGAGACGAUGUGGUGGGGCUUGGGGGUGAGGAGAACUGCCACAUUAUCAAGAACCCCAAACCAGAGGAGUUGAACCUGGGGCCGCUAAAAAGGAGAGAAAAAGAGUCUUUGGGAGAUGUGGGAGCGUCGCCGUCUGUACAGUCGACGAGGAACGGCGCUGCGGAGGGUGUGAAGGGGGCGGAGGGGGGCAACUCGGGGCAGCCAGAGGCGUCGCCGAGAAAAGCGCUGCUCGUCAAACAGAAGAAAGUUAAGAUCCAGUCUAAGAGAAACGGGUCCGCUGCCAACUCGAGUCGCGCGGCAGAGAGCGGGGAGCUCUUGGAGAAGAAGGACAAAAAGGCCUCUUCAGCCCGCUUCACCAUCUACAAGGUGAACAAAGCCAGCAAGAAGAAGAGGGAAAAAUCCUCCGCCAAGAAGGAGAGGAAAGCCACCAAGACACUCGCUAUUGUUUUGGGUGCCUUCCUUGUGUGCUGGGUGCCCUUCUUUACGUGUAACAUCGUAGACGCCAUCAGCAAGAAGACCCACAACCCAAGCCUGGAGCCCGGGAUGGCCAUCUUCGUGCUCACUACCUGGAUAGGCUAUAUGAAUUCCUUCCUCAACCCUGUCAUCUACACCAUCUUCAACCCGGAGUUUAGAAAAGCCUUCAAAAAGAUUCUUGUAUGUCAGAGAUAGCUGAGGUAGUUGUGAAUGGGUCAAGUGUGUGUGUGUCUGAGUGUGUUUGCAUAUGACGUAAAAUCUAACUCACCAUUGUUUUAGUCGUUCUAUAAUUUGAUGUUAAGGUUUUGCUAUAUAGUUCAGAAAAUAUUUUAGCGUGUGAUUUUUUUUUUCUUUUUACAUAAUGAACAAAGACAAGUUUGUUGUGUUAGUCAUAAGUGAUAUAUAGAACGACGGGCGUUCUUCACCCUGCUCAGCUUGGGGGCCAGUACUAAGUGAGAUAACUAGACAAGCACUGGGCAGAUUCUGUUACAAGCCCUUUCAAAGAUAAUAAUUCUAGUGAGACGAAAUGAAAUCCAUGCGAAAACGUCUUAUGACCCUCACUCGCCAGGGAAGACGAGGGUAACCUACCGUAUAUGAUAGUGUGUAUAUAUUGGUGUGACGGUGAGAGACCUUCCAUAUCCUCUCUCAUCAGUAUUACUUAAGUCAUUAUUAUCAGCCGUCUGUGUAUGCCCUAUCCUGUCGGUAUUCCCAGUACGUGUUCUAAAUACUUAAUAAUUAUGUUAAUAUAAUUGUAUAUAUAUAUAUAUGUGUGUGUAUGUCUGUGUGUGAUAUGUGUGUGUAUGUCUGUGUGUAUGUCUGUGUGUGAUAUGUGUGUGUAUGUCUGUGUGUGUAUGUCUGUGUGUACAACAACUACUUAAAGAAUAAUUGGGUAUAAGCUCCUAUAAGAGUCUAAGACUAUUUUUCCAUAUUAUUUUAUAUCUAUUGACUGAACGGCACGUCACCUGAGAUGUUGACCAAAACAACAAAAAUAAUGACAACUUUACACUGUUAUAAUUAAUACUAUUGUUUUUAUUUUUAUUAUUCUGAGUAACAAACGUAUGAGGAUUUUUCUUUUUUACUUAACAAAGAGAGAAAAGAAGCGAGAGAGAGAGGGAGAGAGAGAGAGAGAACGAAAGGGAAUAUGUAGCUUUCCAAUGAUUAUUCCCAGUACAAAUAAUAAGAGACUCAUUCCUAUCUUUCGCUUUACUGUUGGUUACAAAGAUGAGCUGCAAUUCUAAAUCAGGUUACGAAUAGAGAUCUGUGCACAUCACCUAAACGAGGGGGGGUGGGGGGGAAUUGUAGUCCAGGUGAAGGAUUAAGCCAUCUUAUACCCCUUGAAGGUCAUCGAAAUAACCAAAAGUAAUUACUAACAAGAGCUUAAUGAUUUAUUGCCGAGAUUUUUAUCAGUCACUGUGUCAUAUUAGGUAACCUGUUAAAUGAUCGUGACAAAUGUUCCGGUUUAUGUCGUGGUUAGGUUAGCUACCUUAUGUAAAUUAAAGUCAGAGUUUUCUUUCAUAUACUCAAAGGUCAGUCUUGCCGCUAUGAACUGCAGAGAGCCAUCAUAUUGUUUUGAGACUCACUUCUUCGUCUUACUCCAUACAAAAUCAACGUUCCUCUAUCGUUAAGGUCUUACACGUCCACCAUAUCGCUCUCUCGUUAGCUGUCAAAAUUUAUUCCAGAGAAUUUUUUGUCAGACUUGGCGACACGUUACUCACCCUACCUCCUUUAUUAGCUCUUAAAGCACCAACUCCACGACCCUGAGGAUUAAGCCGCCUCCUGGCUACAUCGACAUCUCUCUUCUUAGCGACAGAAACGUAGGAUGGCGCUACAGUCCCAUGACACAAGAGCUUGCGUAUAGCCGGUCCAAACUAAGUGGUUCUUCAUGUACAUAAGUUCACUGUAGCCGUUGUCUGUGUUAGUCUCACGUUAAGAUAUUGUGUCUUCUGCUGCUGCGUCACAAACGUUAUUAUAUGCAGAUUGAAAUUUGGAAAAAAUCAGUUUUUUGAUGAAUUUCGGCGAAAAACAAAAUAGGUUUGACUUUUUUCGCCGAUAUUUUUUUUUUCCAAGUUAAAAGUUUUGGGCUUAAUGACUCCAAAGUUCCAUUCUAAUUUAUAUAAUAUAUAAAAAUCGCGUCUAGAAAUCGCGUCUAAACAUCCACGAUCCGAUUUAUAGCAAAAUAAUAAUGGCUGAUAAUAUUUUAAGGGUUAUUAAUUAACAAAAUUUAUUCAGAUUUAUAAAUUUAUAUAUCAGGACCUUAACCAGGAUGUCCGAAAAAACCUGUAGUGUAAUUAUAAAGAAAAAAGUCUGUGAGAAUACUUUUUUCUCUUCAAAAUGGGAAGUGGUUUAAUUACUCCAGCGCUUGAUGUUCACUACAACAUGCAUAAUAUUCCAGCUGAACACAACACAAAACGAUCAUUUAGCGCAAUUCUAGUUUGUUCGAUUUACUGUCUAGUAAAUCGAGUUUAUUAUGAACGUUUUAUAUUAAAAUUAUUUUUCACGCCGAUAGGACUGUGAUAUUCCUAGUCCGUAUCUCCGCCAGAACCACGGAGUAGUAAGUGACCUGUAGUACACCAACUGCCGUGUGGGAAAUGACUGGCAAGACUCUCGGGACACUGUAAUUACCAAACAGUGUGAACAAUGUAAAACCAAUUAGGCAUAUAAUAAUAAGAACAUUACACACAAACUAGGAACACUUUGCUUCUCAACUUCGUGCACAUGUCAUUUCAGGUUGAUGUAUUACCUGGACACAGUUCUGGAUCACUGUAAAUACUGUGUCUGUUUUCAUGAUGUAUAUAUAUAUAUAUCGCUGUGUUCAAGAGAGGGGUAUAAAUGGCGCGCGCCUUAAUUCUCGUCCAAUUUUAAUUUACACUCAUUGAAUUCACUUGUCAAGGAACCAAAAUACUUUAGGUCAUUCCGUGUAGCUGGACAUCUUUGUACCCUCGAACUAAUAGGUCCUGGGAGGCCACUACACCCUCCUAAUUGAAGGCCUCGUACACGCUCGACACUUUAAACAGUGCCGUCCACCCCUCUCCUCCCGCUAACAUGAAAUCUUGGGUCCGCUUCUGGUAUAUAAAUAACUGCGUGCUUUGGCGUUAAGAAAAAUCUACCCUACGUUUUUUGCUGUUUACACACACACACACACACACACACACACACACACAGACACACACACCGAACUCUGAACAAAUUUUAACAGACAAGUUAUUAAGUAUGAUAGUUACAACAGGAAAAAAAAUAUCAAAACAGUCCCACACGUUCUGUUUAUGCAUCAGAUAAAAUUUUAUUUAUUAGUUCAAACAACAACUUGGUGAAUGAGGAGUGAACUGGUAGACACAAGACCUGACCUCAUGACACUCCGUCCCUGUGUACAACAACAACAACACACGAGGCACCAAUACCCAUGAAAUGUUACAUAAUAAUAUAAACAAAGUAAAAUUCUACCCAAUUUACAAUAAUAUUUUAACCUGUCAUAAUAUACAGGUAUUAAUAAUAUCUGAAAUUCCAAGACCUUGUUGACACUGUUAUGACCCGUGUGAGGCUCACAGGAGUCUAGGCUGUACAGUACUACCACUGACUGUUUAUCUUCAUUGUAUUUCUUUUCUAUAUUUACUUUAUAAGUGUGAAAAAUAUCUGCCACUCUAAUUUCUAACUUCAUACCCAGGACUGUGGGUGUAGUACUAUGAAGAGUUAGGAGUCUAUCAUUUGUUUCAUAUGUGAGGAAAAAGUUACUAAUUUAUCUUUGAUUUUUGUUCAUGAGUGAGGAGAGUUAUCUGCUACAAGAUGCUUUGUGUGACUUAUGGUAGUUUGUCUUUAAGUGUUAGUCAACUACGAUGUUAAGUAGCAAUACAAGUAGCACUGUUUAAAUUUUGAUAAUUUACUGUUUUAAGUGUAAGUUGGUUACCAUGUAAGAAGAGAGAUACAUAUGGUUUUGUAUAUACAUAAAUAUAUACUGUAUAUAUCACAUACAUAGAAGCCUUUCUUUAUUGUUUCAGAUGACGGAGCCUUGCUGGUCCAGAACGUGAGGCUUAGUGCCUGGUUUAAGCCUCCUUACCCGAGUAUUUAAACUGCUUGAUCGCGCCUUCCUAACUCUGGCACACAUUAUCUGGGGAAACUAUCCAUUUGUUUUCAGACUCGGCGAGAUGAAUCUUUUAAUUUAUUCGCUAGAUAGAUACAUCGUCAUAAACCAUUUUCUUUACGCUGUGUUCAUGCUCUUCUGACUAAUGUAAGUCAAUCCCGGAAGAGAUUUUGAUGGAUUAAUAAAGACGUCAUUCAUUCUUCUCACACAGACAAUGUACAAUAUAGUGUUGAUAGUGUAAGGUGUCUCAGCUCAUCACCCGGGAGGACACUGAGCAUUCUAAAGCCUCAACCUUAUCAGCUAUUGGCAGACAGAGUUCAUCAACCAAGGCCUAAUAUUUCACAACCAGAAGCACAUUAUGCUGGUUAACCUUGCCUUAGCCCCUACAGGUGUGAGAAUAUACUGCUUUAGCCAUCCCCACUAUGAACAUCUAGUCCAUUCAAGAACAUGCAGUGUUCCUCAACCAAGACCUCAGCCAUCUCAAUAACGAUCAUGGAUUUGAGGCAACCAACAAAAAAAGAUAAAAAAAAUUCAAAUUAUUUCAACAUUAACCAACUAGCCCCUUCAGCCCCCACAAGCCAUUAAGUGUCCAUAACACCACUACAAAAUAAGAUCACUGUAUCAUAUUUAUCACUCUUGCAAAGGUGCUUGCUGUACUGUAUAUGUUUCCUAGAGUCUAUAGUUUUUUGGAAAUAAAUAAUAUAUAAGCUUUGUUUUGCAGGAAGAUUAGAUUUUAUAUUUAAUACAGAGUGUGUAUAGUUCUACUUUAUAUUGUCUUUUAGGUGUAGGAUUAAACUAUACUCAGUCCUCGCUGGAUUUUCUCCUGUGAGCGUUCUCGUUACUUAAGUGUGUAUGUAUGUAUGUCGACGUUCUCACCUCUGUAUCUUCCCUCCCCCCUAGCUGACCCUCCUUCCCUCCCUCUCCCUCCCUCCCUUUCACACGAGACGACCCAAAAAAGGAGAAAAUCCAGUCGACAAGAACAAGACAUAAAAAAAAAAAAAUCUGGGCCCUAGAAAAAAUAUUGUACAUAGUAUUACAUAUAGCGAACUACUCUACGUGUACAAAAUGUAACAUGGAUUUGUACAUAGCAAAGGUGUAGCGAGUGUAGGUGUGCAAAGGUGUGUGAGAGAAUAAAAACAUCACUACCUGUAAGUUUCCGCUGAGUAUUAUCCCCUAAGCCUCGUGUUCCGUGUAUCCUCUCUUUAUGAAUAAAAUGGAAGACUGUA